AUGGAAUGGUGCCAACGGGCUGGGCUCAGCAUGGCGCUGGGCGCUGUCCUGGCUCGAGGGGGGGCAGUGUGUAAACACAACGGGCUACUCAUCCUGUCGGUGUUGUCUGUCAUCGUGGGCUGCCUCCUUGGCUUCUUCCUCAGGACCCAGCGCCUGUCACCACAGGAGAUCAGCUACAUCCAGUUCCCUGGAGAACUCUUGAUGAGGAUGCUGAAGAUGCUGAUCCUACCCCUGGUGGUCUCCAGCUUGAUGUCCGGCCUUGCCUCCCUGGAUGCCAAGACCUCCAGCCGCUUGGGCAUCCUCACUGUGGCGUACUACCUGUGGACCACCUUCCUGGCCGUGGUUGUGGGCAUCAUCAUGGUCUCCAUCAUCCACCCUGGGGGUGCAGCGCAGAAGGAGACAACCGAACAGAGCGGGAAGCCAGUCAUGAGCUCAGCUGAUGCCCUCCUGGACCUUGUCCGGAACAUGUUCCCGGCCAACCUGGUAGAAGCCACAUUCAAACAGUACCGCACCAAGACCACCCCGGUUAUCAAGUCUCCCAAGGGGGCUCCGGAGGAAGCCCCUCCUCGGCGGGUCCUCAUCUACGGGGUCCAGGAAGACAACGGCUCGCGAGUGCAGAACUUUGCCCUGGACCUGACCCCCCCGCCUGAGAUCGUCUACAAGUCAGAGCCUGGCACCAGCGAUGGCAUGAACGUCCUAGGCAUUGUCAUCUUCUCGGCCACCAUGGGCAUCAUGCUGGGCCGCAUGGGUGACAGCGGGACCCCCCUGGUCAGCUUCUGUCAGUGCCUUAAUGAGUCCGUCAUGAAGAUCGUGGCAGUGGCGGGGUGGUACUUCCCCUUCGGCAUCGUCUUCCUGAUCGCCGGCAAGAUCCUGGAGAUGGAUGACCCCAGCGCAGUGGGGAAAAAGCUGGGCUUCUAUGCCGUGACUGUGGUGUGCGGGCUGGUGGUCCACGGCCUCCUCAUCCUGCCCCUGCUCUACUUCCUCUUCACCAGGAAGAACCCCAUUGUCUUCAUCCGUGGAGUCCUCCAGGCUCUACUCAUCGCGUUGGCCACCUCCUCCAGCUCAGCCACACUGCCCAUCACCUUCAAGUGCCUGCUGGAAAACAACCACAUCGACCGGCGCAUCGCUCGCUUUGUGCUGCCUGUGGGUGCCACCAUCAACAUGGACGGCACGGCGCUCUACGAGGCCGUGGCUGCCAUCUUCAUUGCCCAGGUCAACAACUACGAGCUGGACUUCGGCCAGAUCAUCACUAUCAGCAUCACGGCCACCGCAGCCAGCAUUGGGGCGGCCGGCAUCCCGCAGGCGGGGCUGGUCACCAUGGUCAUUGUGCUCACCUCUGUAGGCCUGCCCACGGACGACAUCAACCUCAUCAUCGCUGUAGACUGGGCUCUGGACCGCUUCCGCACCAUGAUAAACGUGCUGGGUGACGCGCUGGCGGCGGGCAUCAUGGCCCACAUCUGCCGGAAGGAUUUUGCUCAGGACAUGGGUACUGAGAAACUGCUCCCCUAUGAGACCCAGCCCAUGACCCUGCAGGAGAUCAUGGCCGCCCAGCAGAACGGCUGCGUGAAGAACGUGGCUGAGGCCUCGGAGCUGACCCUCGGCCCCACGUGCCCCCACCACAUCCCAGUCCAGGUAGAGCAGGAUGAGGAGCUGGGCACUGCCAGCCUAGACCACUGCACCAUCGAGAUCAGUGAGCUGGAGACCAAUGUGUGA